UUGUUUCAGUAGUCCAAUUUUUUUUCUAUCUAACCUAAACAUUAUAAAAUUCACAUGUAGAAAAAUGUCAUUAGAUAUAAAAUCUUUAGAAAAAUCUAAAUCUAUAUUAAAAAAUAUAUAUUUUGCUGGUGUUAAUGCAGUUUUACCAAAAACUCUUAUAAUAAAUAAAGUUAAAUUUAAAAAUGGAAUAUUAUAUGUUGGAGACCAAAGUUUUGAACUUAAAGAAAAUGUUUAUUUAAUUGGAUUUGGUAAAGCAGUCAUGGGUAUGGCAAUAGUUCUUGAACAUAUGCUUGGCAAUUAUUUGAAGGAUGGUAUUGUUAGUAUUCCUUCUGCAUCAACAGAGGCAAUGUGGGAAUCUGAAGAUAAAUCAUAUUUUCCUUUAUUAGAAAGUGGUGUAAUAAAAUAUUGUGAAGGUUCUACAAAUAAUCAACCAGAUGAUAGAUCUUUAGAAACAACACAUCAAAUUAUAGACUUAGUAGAAUCACUUACAGAAAAUGAUACUUUAAUUGUAUUAAUAUCUGGUGGUGGUUCUGCAUUACUUUAUAUGCCAAGACCAGUAAUUGAUUUUGAAGAUAAAUUAUAUGUAAGUAAAAUGCUUCAAAAUGCUGGAGCUGAUAUCAAAGAAGUUAAUAUAGUGAGAAGCAAAUUAUCUAUGGUAAAAGGUGGUGGUUUGGCUCGAAUGGCUUAUCCAGCUUCAAUUAUCAGCUUGAUAUUGUCUGAUAUUGUAGGAGAUCCUGUAGAAUCGAUUGCUAGUGGUCCUACAGUAUAUAGUGCUAAAAGACCAAAAGAAGUAAUAGCUGUAUUAAAGAAAUAUAAUAUAUUUGAACAUUUAGAAGGUGAUUUAAAAAAAAUUUUAAUGUCUACGGAAAAAUUUAAAGAUAAACAAUUGUUAACUAGAAAAAAAGAAUUCAAACAUGUAACUAAUAUUAUCUUAGGAAAUAAUACAGUGGCAAUCGAAGCAUCUUCUUUAGAAGCAUGUAAUUAUAAAUUAACGCCUAUAAUAUUAAGAUCUGAUGUUGUAGGUGAUGUACAUGAUGUCAGUUUAGCAUAUGCUCAUAUAACAAGUUUAAUAUGUCUUGCAUUAGAUAAAACAUUAGAAAAAGAAGAGUUUUUUGCAAAAGUAAAAGAUAUUCCUGUACUUUCUUUAUCUUCUACUAAAGUAGAUGAAAUUUAUAACUUAAUUGAUAAUGUGAGUGAAGAAGGAUUAGUAUUAAUUGGAGGAGGAGAGCCAACUGUAGUAGUUAAAGGAAAAGGAAAAGGUGGUAGAAAUCAAGAAUUAGCAUUAUAUUUUUCUCUAGACUGGUUGACAAAAAUUAAAGCUUAUCCUCGAUUUUCGGAAUAUGAAGUAAUAAUGUUAAGUGCAGGAACAGAUGGUCAAGAUGGUCCAACAGAUGCAGCAGGUGCAUUUGGCUAUCCUGCUAUUGGACCAUUAAUCCAUGAUAUAUAUACAAAAGUAAAAUCUACAGCUUCAAAAAUGAUAGUUAAAGUAGAGGAAGAGAAAGAAGCUAUAAGAAAAAAAAAAGAAGAAAAAGAACAAUUUGAUAUAAAGAAAUAUAAAGAAAUAUGCAAAACACAAGAAUUAAGUGGUUAUUUAAAAGCUAAAAAAACAGAGAUAAUAGAAAAUAAAGUUGAUUCUGACAAAAAUGAAACAAGUAUAGAUUAUGAGAAUAUUGUACUUCCAUUAAUAUUUCAAACAAUGGAAAUAGAACGUAUGUUACCUGAAAAUACUUUAGAAGAUAAUAAUUCAUAUAAUUUAUAUUCUCGGUUUAGGAAAGGUUCAGAUUUAUUUAAAACUGGCUUUACUGGUACUAAUGUUAUGGAUUUACAUCUUAUUUAUAUAAAAAAACGCAAUUGUAAAUGUAAAUUAGAUAUUGAAAAAGAAAUAUUAGAUACUGAAAAAGAAAUAUUUGACAAUACUUUAGAUGCACAUGAUUUACAUAUUGAUCCUUCAACUAUUGAAACACAUAAAGAUUUAUAUAAACAAGAAUUUUUUGAAUGGAAAAAAAUUUUAGAAAAACCAGAAAUUAUGAUCAAAAAAGAUGAACAACUUAAUAUAAAAAUUAUUGAUGAUAACUUAAGAGAUCCAUGUUGUCGUAGAGAUAGAAAAUUUCCGCUUAAAAAUCUUUUAAAGGAUAAAGAUUUUCCAUCAUAAUAAAUUUCAUAAAAAAAAUAAAAUUUUUUAUAUCAUAUCAAAAAUUUUAAAAAUGUAUAUUUUUAUUAAAUUUAUAUUUUUUAUAU